CCACGUAGUCUCGGAGACUGUUAGGCAGGAUCUCCGGCUUGGUGGAAAGUGGGGCGUGCAGCCUAAAGUGAUUAGUUUGGAGGCCUUCUCUGUGCCUUCGCUGUGGGAAUGCCAGCUGCGUGUCGGCUGGAUGCGGGCCGAGCCGCCAGGCCACACGGAGAGCCUUCACAACCUCAGCGGGCGCGGGGGCUUGGGUCCUGGCCCCGCCCCCUGAGGACCCGGCGCCCGCUCAGUCCCACCCCGCCCUGGGAUCCUCUCCUGACCCUGCUGCGCGUGCCUCCCGGAACCUGGCUGGCAGGGGCUACUCGCUGCCCCGCCAGGCCGGGUGAGGGCGGAGCCGGGCCUCCAGCCGCGAGGACUGGAGCCGCGGGAGGUGGAGCCCCGGUCCGGAAGCCGGGGAUCCGCGGCCAUGACUGUGCCGGCCCGUGGCUUCUCGCUGCUCCGCGGCCGCCUGGGCCGAGUGCCGGCGCUGGGCCGGAGCACAGCAUCCCCCGUGAGAGCCCCGGGAGGGCCCAGGAGCGCGUUCCGGGGCUUUCGGAGCAGCGGUGUGAGACAUGAAGCCAUUAUUAUAUCAGGAACCGAAAUGGCUAAGCAUAUCCAGAAAGAAAUAAAGCAAGGUGUGGAAUCAUGGAUUUCCCUUGGAAACAGAAGACCUCACCUCAGUAUAAUUUUAGUGGGAGAUAAUCCAGCAAGCAAAACAUACGUCAGGAAUAAGAUAAGAGCUGCCUCUGCUGUAGGUAUUUGUAGUGAGCUCAUUCUAAAACCUAAGGAUGUUUCUCAGGAAGAGCUUUUGGACAUAACUGAUCAAUUGAAUAUGGACCCAAGAGUCAGUGGUAUAUUAGUUCAGUUACCACUGCCAGACCAUGUUGAUGAGCGAACGAUAUGCAAUGGAAUUGCCCCAGAAAAAGAUGUUGAUGGAUUUCAUAUUAUCAAUAUUGGAAGAUUGUGCCUUGAUCAGCAUUCUCUCAUACCUGCCACUGCCAGUGCUGUUUGGGAAAUAAUAACAAGAACAGGAAUUCAAACAUUUGGAAAAAAUGUGGUUGUGGCUGGAAGAUCCAAGAACGUAGGGAUGCCCAUUGCCAUGCUUUUACACACUGAUGGAGAGCAUGAACGGCCAGGAGGUGAUGCAACUGUGACAAUAGCUCACAGAUAUACCCCCAAAGAACAACUGAAGAUUCAUACACAACUGGCAGAUAUUAUCAUAGUUGCUGCAGGUAUUCCAAAGUUGAUUACAUCUGAUAUGGUUAAAGAAGGUGCUGCUGUAAUCGAUGUGGGUAUCAACUAUGUCCAUGAUCCAGUGACAGGGAAGACAAAAUUAGUUGGAGAUGUGGACUUUGAAGCUGUUAAGAAGAAAGCUGGCUUUAUCACUCCAGUUCCAGGAGGUGUGGGACCCAUGACAGUGGCGAUGCUUCUGAAGAACACCCUUCUGGCAGCUAAAAAAAUCAUUUACUAGAUCACAUGAAAGGAUAAAGCAAACUGAAGUGAUGCUAUUUGUUUGUUUGACGAAGGGUAAAACGUUUAUAUUUUACUACAAAACUAUUUAUUUCUACAUGGUAUUUAUUUUUUCAUUGAUGGAAUCAUUGUGGAUAAAAUGAUUCACACAAUUUUAUGCAUUUCCUGCUGGUUGAUUUUGAGUUUUAAGAAAGAAAACAAAACAAUUCCAAUGAAAAUUUUGGUAACAAUUGUUUAUUUUGAGGAUAUUUGUUCAUAAUGUUAAAACAAUAAAGGGCUCAUAAUAAAUAUAUUUUUGACACAAUUAAAUAUCACAUAUCUCAUAUAGUAUGUUUUCAGCAAAUGUCCUGUCAGCCAAAUGGGCACCCAUAUUUAAUGUAAUUUAGGUUUUGCUGUUUGCAUGCUCACAUUUUUAAUACAUUUUAUGAUCUAAGUCAGUGCUGAAAAAGAGCUUGCUUACUACAAGAAAAAUGGAAUAUUGAAAAUAGAAUCUUGAUCUCAAAUAUCCCCCAAAUGCAUUAUAUAAACCCAUCCUAAUGAGAAAUUAUGUUCUAUUUAUGGAAAGGAAAAUAUUUCGGGAAGGUAAUAAAUGCACUAUUUGGAAGAGUAAUGAUUAUAUCACAUUGUGAAUGACUACUUGUCACGGUAAAAAUACACGAAGAAUGUGUUAGGUUUAAAUGUCAUUUCUUUCUUCUUCUAAAAGAUAUUUGGAUAGUACCUUCACUGAGCAAUAAUGGAAAAAUUCCAAAAUAAGUAAACAGAUAAAACUAAGAUUGUGUUUUCCCACAAAUUUAGUAUGAAUGAGGUUACAUUAAAGAACAGUAACUGUUAAUGUUUGUUCACAAAUUCAGAAAUCUCAUAGGAAAACAUGGUACUUUCAAUGUAACCUUAGUAUACAAUUAAAAAUCUCCUGGUUUCUUGCCCACAUGUCUUCCCUCUUUUGUUAUAGCGUUUGUUCCUCAUGUUUCUAACACAAUUUAAAUUAGGAAAUACCAUGAAUGUAGUGGAAGUCUAUUUUGAGACUGCUAAAGCUAUUUAAUUGAUACUGUGUUUUUAUGCCCAAAUCCCAGUAUGUUUAUAUACAAAUAAUGAUUCUCACCCAGCGCAUAUCUUUAUCAGUGUGUACUCUUGACUGUUUGUGUGAAAAUAGACUAGAUGUUCAUAAUUAAUAACAUUACAACUGUGUAAUAAAAGCAGCUUGAAGAAA